AAAUUUUAAAAGAGUCCUUGUCAUCUAUACUGGUGGCACCAUUGGGAUGACUCCCAACGACAAUGGUGUAUUAGUGCCAGAACCGAAAGCUUUUGAAAGGAAUCAUCCGGAAGGAUGUCAGUCUGCAUGACCCCAGCCUACAGGUCCCAGACGGCUUCCUGGCGCUGCCCCUGGUAAAAGGUCAGUCAGUACGGGUUAUCUACCAAUUCAUAGAGUACGAUCCAUUGCUGGACUCCAGUAAUAUGGCCGGGAAAGAUUGGAAACGCAUAGCCCAAGAUAUUGGUAGGACGUACGAUUUGUUCGAUGGGUUUGUUGUACUCCAUGGCACCGAUACGCUGGCGUACACCGCCUCUGCCCUGUCGUUUUUCCUAGAAAAUUUGGAUAAGCCGGUGGUCGUUACCGGGUCAAUGAUACCCAUCUACGAAACACGCACCGAUGGCAGGAACAACUUCGUCUCGUCCCUGAUCAUAUCCGGCUGCUAUAAAAUACCGGAAGUGUGCGUGGUCUUCGCCAACAAGCUGCUUCGUGGCAAUCGAACGGUCAAGGUCAAUUGCAACUCUCUGGAUGCUUUUGAUUCUCCCAACGCUCCACUGCUGGGCACGUUUGAAGGUGACAUAAUUAUAAAUAAUUUCCUGGUACGCCCAGGGCCCGGAGCUAGGCCACUCGCUGUGACAGGCGAAUUUCAGAUGAAUGUGGCCUCCUUGAGAAUAACUCCGGAUAUGUCACUGGAUUUGAUUCGAUCGGCUCUGGCGGAGCCCAUUAUGGGAGUUGUCCUGGAGUCCUAUGGCUCUGGUAAUAUACCCUCAAACUGGACCGAGAUAACUUCUCUUCUACGGAGUGCCGUCAAUCGCGGAGUUAUCAUCGUCAACUGCACUCAGUGCCUGUCCGGCUCCGUAGCCGCAAUCUACGAUGCUGGAGCAGUGCUUAGCGAUUUGGGCGUUUUAUCUGGAUCGGACAUGACUUCUGAGGCAGCGUAUACCAAGCUAGCCUAUGUCCUGGGCACUGAUUUACCGCACCAUAAUAAGAUUGAGCUGAUGAAGAUGAAUUUGCGUGGCGAAAUCACGGCUUGAAUGCGAUCAUCGCAAACCAAAAUUAGAUGAUUGGUUUUUGUAAUAAAUAAAGGGAUUUCCCUAUUUUCUCCAUGCACUUUAACGCUAUAUGCAAUAUAUGUAUUUCAUAUCAGUUUCCAGAAAUAGAUUAGUCAUAAACCAUUUACUCGCCUAUUCGCUCCCAGCGAGCUCCCAACCACAAGAGGAGAGCGCAAAGCAAGAAAUAGCGAGUGCAAAUUAUUGAGAGCACGAAGCAGAUCGGCGAGAAUUUUAGUCCAGUUGCGGAACAAGACGCGGAGCGACGCUCAAUUUCAGUUUUGUAUUUAAUCACUUAUUAAAACCUUACGCGCAUUAAUAAACAAAAACUGC